UUUGUAAUUGAUACUGAUGAUAUUUGUCUGUCAUUGAUGGUUCAGAAUAAUCUUUAGAAAUGAAUAAUUCUACUAAUUUGCGCGGUGAAGAAUCAAUUUCGAUUGUUGAAUUAAAUCGAGUCCCCUAUUUCUUUGAAUCACUCGCACGCUUCUUUUGAUGAACAACAACCCAUUUCUUUGGAUAAACCUUCCAUUUCUUUUGAUGAUUCUCAUACCGACAAUGAAUCAGAAACUUCUGACGAUUUAGAUGUGAUCAUUAUCGACGAAGAAGAGCCAUAUGAAGAUGAACAAUUUGUAGAUCAUGUAGAUCAAUCAUUUAUCCAUUGAAUUUGUAGUUUUUGACUGAGAAGUGUUGAUGAAUUUUUUGAUUUUCUAAGAAAUUGUCAUUCGCUUGAUCAACUACAAUCAGAAGAUCGAUGUAAACUAUUUACUGUAACCAUUUUGUUUAAUCUUUAAUUUAUAGGAUGGAUUCAACUUUUAAUCGUUUUGAUCAAUAACUGAGUUCCAGAAAAUUGAUAGCCAAACAUGGAAAAUAUAUGAUUUUAUGGCUCAAGAUUCGUUUAUUAAGAUACCACGAGAUUGGCACGAAGAAAAAAACUCAUAGAAUAAUGAUUUUUUCAUCUAUCGACUUUUCAUCAAAAUGCUCAUCUCUGUCUUGAAAUGUUCAAUCAAUGAAUCAUAAUUAUUGUCUGACGAUCAAGUUCAAUCUUUGCCACAUUCAUCCGUCACACACAUUGGCUACAUGAAAAUGAAUCAUUUCGAUGGAUUCGAAUUCUCAUCGCUCUGAUCAAAGGAUCUUGAUAUUCAGAUGAAUCUUUAAUUAUUGAUCAUUUUUAAUAAACAGUUUGAAUCGGGAUUUUUGAGAUUUGAGAAAGAGAAAAGCUGGAAACCGGAGAUAAUGUUUUUGUGCAUCGAUUCCGAUAUGAGCACAGGAUUUCGUUCUGAGUCGUUUCAUAAUUAUUUAAGCAUUGGUGAAAUUAUUCAUGAGAAGGCUACUGUUUAUACUCUUCAACAAAAUGGUCGUUGUGAACGGAUUAUGCUAUCUCGUUAUUGUCUUGAACUGAUUUACUUCUUUUUUUUUUGGGACGAAGCCGUCAAUUGCUCAGCUUAUUUGAUGAAUCGCAAACUAAAUUCACGUGAUGAAAAUCCUUAUGUAAUUGAUAUUGGCACCAAACAAGAUGUUUCCAACCCACGUAUCUUUGGGAUGGGGGGCCAAGCGUUGGACAAAUAUCGUGACAGCAAAUUUGGUGCUAGAUCAAAAUCUGUUAGAAUGGUUGGAUGCUGAAUUAUUUGUUACCGAUUAUCGACCGGUACCAUUGAUUGAACAUAUUGUGACUGGCAAUAAAAUUCUCAAAAUUUCGACAAAUUCAAUUCAAUCACCAGACACACAGUUUGAUUCAUUAGCAUCGACAGUUGUUUCAAGUGGUGGUCCGAGUAAUGAUGACAACAAUGGUGAAAUCGAAUGUAUACCAUUGAAGACAAUUGAUUAUAAUCAAUUGAAAUUAAAUACAACUUUUUCUCAAUCAUUGAUUUACAUGGCCAUUGAAACAUUGGCUGAAGGAUUCUCUACGUUGAUUUUCUGUCCAACUCGUUCAAUGUGUGAAUCGAUGGCGAAAAAUAUCGCUUCCAAUAUCUUUAGCAUUGGCCAGAAAGAUCGAAUUCCACAGAAUGAUUUUGAACGUAAUAUUCGAAACAGUAUCCAUUCUGAUCAUAUUCUAUCCUAUCAACGAUUGGUUUCACUAAUCAACACAUUGAAACUAUCAUCUUCUGGUUUUGAUGAAAAUCUUGAACGUGUAAUGAAAUUUGGUUGUGCAUUCCAUCAUGCCGGUAUGACAAUGGAAGAACGUGGUACAGUGGAACAAGGUUUUCGUGAUGGAACAAUAAGGAUUCUUUGUUGUACAACCACACUUUCAACCGGUGUAAAUUUACCAGCACGACGUGUUAUGAUCAUAUCACCAUACGAUUAUUCCAGAAAACUAUUGCCCGUUGGUAUUUAUCGUCAAAUGAUUGGCCGGGCUGGACGUAAAGGUAUCGAUAUAUUGGGCGAAAGUUAUCUUUUCUGUACGGACAAAGAUAUCAAUAUGGCACGUCAAAUUGUUUCGGCAAAAAUGCCACCAAUUAAAUCGAAUUUGAUUACGAUACAAAAAUUAAAUAAUAACACAUCAUCUGCAACAACAACAACUAGUGUUGGACAACAAAUUCCAACUACAUUUAAUAAACAAUGGGAACCUGUAGUUAAUGAUCAAAUUUUACGUGCCGUUCUUGAAGUGAUUGCAAAUGAAAUGGCGAAAAAUAUCGAUGAUAUUCAUAUUUAUCUUGGCUAUACUUUUUUCCAUAAUUGUCCAUUAAAUUUAUUGUUGGCAUCUGAACAGCAAUCACAAACAAAUAUGGUAGAAUUAAGAAUGGAAAAGGUUGAAAUCAUUAAUGAAUGUAUACGUAUGGCAUUGGAUAAAUUAAAAACUUAUGAAUUUAUCUCUAUUGAUUCAUCUGAAGAAGCGAUUAACAGUAGUGAAACAAAAUCGGUUGAUUCAUCAUCACCAAUUAAUGUAACUGAACUUGGUCGAGCUGUAAUAAGUUCAGGUGUAUCACCAUCGGAUGGCCAAUUCAUCUAUGAAGAAUUGAUACGUUUCCGAUCAAAUCUAUUAUCACCGUUGCCUGACUUAUAUCUGGUAUAUCAAACAACGCCAGUGUAUAUUAUAAAUCAGCUUCCCGAUAUUGAUUGGCAUCAUUAUUUAAAUCUUUAUGAACGUUGGGAUGAAAACACUAGGCAUAUAGCUGAAUUGAUUGGCAUAAGCCAACAAUUUCUCUGUAUUCUGAUAACAACGUCUGGCUUGAAGACAUCUACACAAGCUCAAAUGCAUCACACAUAUCUGCAAAUGGCAUAAUAAUAAUCGAUUUUAUGAAAAGGGAAAAAAAAGAUGCUACAAAUGUCAACAACAGUGUGUGU